AUGGAUGUUGACAUUUAUAAGACCGCACAAAGUGGUUGGGGCGUUCGAGCACUAUGUGACAUCCCAGCGGGCGCAUUCAUUGCCAACUAUGUGGGAGCACUGUUGACAGACAGUAUAGCUGAUGCUCUCCAUGGAGAGGACGAGUACUUCGCCGAUUUGGACCUCAACGAUGCUGUGGAAAACGAGAAGGCGACAACUCUCGAGAAAUGCGGAUAUCUGGAUAUGGGACUGGGUAGUUCGGAUGAGGAAGAGGAACAGGUGCAGUCAAAGAAAGACGCGGAAGACGAUGGAAUAGGUUCUGAUGCCUCAUCUUCGUCUUCAAGCGAGGAGGAGCAGCCGAAAUCAAAGCGUAGUAAACGUAAACGUAGGGAGGAGGAAGAAAUGAAUCGGCGAAGGAAGAAAUUGAAUGCAGCCGAGUUGGAGAAAAUUGAUGCUGCGCGGCUGUGGGUGAUGACACAAUGUUCAAAUGGGCGGACUAUUUUGGCGAGAACAAUACACUCUUCGUGGUAG